AUGCAUUUUGUCCGGAACUGUCCGUUUUCGGAGCACCAGUGCAAACAGUGCAACCGAAUUGGCCACAAGGAAGGCUAUUGCGGCUGUUAUUCCAAACGGCAGACAGUUCCAGGCGGAGGGGAAAAGAAAACAUCGAAUCAUUCACCAUCGAAUCAGCCAUCAAAUCAGCAAACGAAUCAGCCAGCAAAUAGACAAAACAACCCUCGGAAAGUCAACGCUAGAGGAGUAUACAUCGUGAACCACAUUGUGAACCACAUCGCUAACCGUUCCAGUAACCGAAAGUACGUGCCUACUUUGAUCAACGGCGUGGCUACCAGGCUCCAACUGGACACAGCAAGCGAUAUCACGGUGAUAUCAAAGCAAACCUGGAACAACUUGGGUAACCCUUCAAUCAUCAAACCGACGAUCCAAGCAAUCAACGCGUCGGGCAAACCACUUCAUCUGAUGGGUGAGUUCCAGUGCGACGUCAGCAUCAACGGAAAAACUGCUCGAGGCAGAUGUUUCGUAACGACGACUGCCAACCUCAACCUUCUCGGCAUCGACUGGAUUGACCUGUUCAAGCUGUGGUCAGUUCCUCUCGACUCCGUUUGCAAUCAAGUAACGACGAAGUCGAUCGAUCAGCAGAUUAGUGAAUUUCGAGCAAAGCAUGCAAAUGUUUUCAAUGAUUCACUGGGACACUGCAGGAAAUUGAAGGUAAAGCUUUUUCUCAAACCAAAUGCUAAACCUAUUUUCUGUCCAAAGCGCCCAGUUCCUUUCAACACCAUUCCAUUGGUCGAUGCUGAACUCACACGGUUACAAUCAUUGGGCAUCCUCGAACCUGUCGAUUUCUCCGAAUGGGCUGCUCCCAUCGUGGCAGUGCGCAAACCUAACGGUCGAGUGCGCAUAUGUGCAGACUACUCGACGGGGCUAAACGAGGCGUUGGAACCAAAUCACUAUCCGCUUCCGACGCCGGAGGAAAUUUUCGCCCAACUCAACGGCAGCACCGUUUUCAGCAUCGUCGAUCUUUCCGAUGCGUAUCUGCAGCUUGAGGUGGAUGACGACUCCAAGAAGCUGCUCACAAUCAACACGCAUCGAGGAUUGUUCCGGUUCAAUCGUCUGGCUCCCGGAGUGAAAUCUGCGCCGGGCGUAUUUCAACGUGUGGUGGAUGGAAUGAUAGCAGACAUACCUGGUGUCCGCUCUUUCAUCGAUGAUGUCAUCGUGUUUGGAAAGGACAUCAGCUCACACGCAACGUCACUCAACCUACUCUUCCAGCGGCUCAAAGAGUAUGGUUUCCACGUGAAGGCUGAGAAGUGUCAUUUCUUUCAAUCACAACUCGGCUAUUUGGGGCACAUUGUGGACAAACAAGGCAUUCGUCCAGACCCCGAGAAAGUGAAGGCUAUUGCUGCACUCCCACCGCCAACCAACGUUCCCGAGCUUCGAUCGUACCUGGGUGCGGUCAACUUCUACGGUAGGUUCGUGCGCAACAUUCACGAAUUGCGGCAUCCAAUGGACCAGCUGUUGAAGAAGGACGUGAAAUGGCAGUGGACCCCGGCAUGCUAACAGGCUUUCGACCAGUUCAAAAGGACGCUUCAAUCAAACCUGCUGCUAAUGCAUUACGACCCUAAGCUUCCAAUCAUCGUGGCUGCGGAUGCAUCAAGCACAGGCAUCGGGGCAGUCAUCU